AAUAAAAACUAUUUUGAGCCUCAAAGUACUUAUCCAACUUCCAAUCCUCCCCUAUAAUACAACAAAAAGACAGGACGCAAUCUCCGUUUGCAUUUAGAAUUUACAUAGCAUAAGUGUGCCCACAUUACGACGCGGUAAUCGCUUUUAUGAUAAUGCUGAAUGUGCUUUUAUAAAAAAUACUUGGCAAUGUAAAGCAUAGAAAUAUUCGAAAACGAUUUGCUUGUCCAUCCUGCAUAAAUCACUUUAGAGCUGUUGAUGACUAUAAAAAACACUUGGAGACACAUAUUAUACCUUCUUCCGAUGACACAAAAGACCUCUCAAAACGCUAAUGUAAAAGUUUAGCUGCUAUCCCCUCAAGACGACGAAACAACACAGCGACCUUUUCCACAUUUUCUCGAAACAAACGGGAAUUCUAUCAUUCAAUUGGUGUGAAGUUGAAACCAUCAACCAUGCAUUAGAGGAUAUAGAUGAGUGGCUUCAGAAAGGAAAUCCACGGUAUGUUGGUGGCCUUGGUUAUGACAAAAACGGCAUUGAAAGAGUGGUUUUUGGAAGGCUCAUCAGGUGAACGCACUGUGAACUUGGAUAAGACAAUCGAUGACAGUAUUAAACAGCUGAGCUCUCUGAUUUUAAUGCUCAAAGGCAUCGCUAAUUCUCAUUUAAAUGGAAACUCCAACACACUCUUGGCAAAAAAAGCCUUUGGAAUACAAUCCAUCUAAACCAAAAUUAUUUUAUCUAAAGUUAAAUUCAAAGGCGGUGGCCGCUUCACAUAUCAUGAAGUGCGUUCUGCUGAAAUACCAACAACGUACACACAAAGGAACAAGUGGCUAAAGGUUUUUGAAAUACUUUGUCAUUUGUUUAUUGCUCUUAAAGAGCAACAUGUGAAUUAUGAGGCUCUGGAAGAUGAGAAAUACGGUGCAAUAUUGGUUGCUCCCGGGGAUACAAUACGCGCAAAACCUGCGCCCUGAAAAUGGAUUUAAAGUAAUAAAAAGAGCAAUUUAAUAAAAAUUUUCUACCUG